GUCCACCACGUGAUGAAACCAAAGGAGUAGCUAGGGGACGGGUGCCGCUGGGCUUCAGCCUCAGGUUAAUUACAAGCCUCCUUUUUGGUUUAUAUGUCUAAGGAAAGCUGAGGUCAAACUCAGCAACAUCACACACAGCAGAACCAACCAGAGGACCCUGAACACACCACCCCACUCAUCUGGGCCAGAGACAAAUAACAAGAUUGAGCUGUAAUAGAAAUGGUGUGAUUGGAUAGCCUAAGGAAACAAGUGAUGUGACUGGAUGUCCCAGGAGUCGGCGGGACGGUCAGACAGCAAUAAGAUGCCCCUCUGUGACCAUCAUCAUCUCUCCUUUCGCCCGCCUCCCCCUCAGGUUCCACCAUCUUCUACCGCUUAUCCGAGAUCGGGUCGCGGGGGCAACAGCCUAAGCAGGGAGGCCCAGAUUUUCCUCUCCAUGGCCACUUCGUCCAGCUCCUCCUGGCGGGUCCCGAGGCGUACCCAGGCCAGUUGGGAAACAUAGUCUCUCCAACAUGUCCUGGGUCUUCCCUGAGGCCUUCUACCGGUCGGACUUGCCCUGAACACCUCCCCAGGGAGGCGUCCGUACCAGUUCACUUGAAAUCAGCGUCCCUUCGUGCAAGCAGCUUCCAACAGAAGAGCUCACACUUGAAGACGAGGCAGGCGAUGGAGCAACGAGACGCUCGCCACACACCAGCACGCUGCAGCACAACGUUUCACUUCCGCCCGUACUUCCUGUGGUGCUCACACAGAGAGUGACAAAUGGAGCUAUUGGCAGAAUGACGUCCAACAGCAGCGCCACGCUGUCCUCAGGCGUGUCGAUGGAGCCGUGUGCAUGUCCUGAGGAGAGCUUGUUCACCACUCUGUCCCAUGCCGACAUCACAUUCCGCAAGAUGGAGGGCUACUUGAGAAGCCGGCAGCUAUGUGAUGUCACGCUCGUGGCUGGAGACAGAAGGAUACCUGCGCACAGGCUGGUACUCUCAUCUGUGUCGGACUACUUUGCAGCCAUGUUCACCAGCGAUGUGCGGGAGGCAAAGCAAGAUGAGGUGAAGAUUGAGGGCGUUGACCCUGAUGCAUUGUGGGUCCUGGUUCAAUAUGCAUACACGGGUCGUCUGGAGUUGAGGGAGGACACCAUUGAGUCUCUGCUGGCAGUCUCUUGUCUUCUUCAGCUGUCCUCUGUGGUCCAGGCCUGCUGUUCCUUCCUCAUGAAGCAGCUCCACCCUUCCAACUGUUUGGGCAUCCGCUCCUACGCUGACGCUCAGGGCUGCCACGACCUGCAGAGGGCGGCGCACGCCUACAUCAUGGAACAUUUUCUGGAGGUCGUCGGAGGCCAAGAAUUCUUGCUUCUCCCACUGGACGAGAUGGAGCAGCUGCUCAAGUCCGAUGACAUUAACGUUCCAGAUGAGGAGACUGUAGUAAACUCUUUGCUAACCUGGGUGCAUCACAAUGCCGACUCCCGCCAAAGGCACCUGCCCCUGCUUCUCGCUCACGUCCGACUACCACUGCUGCAACCACAGUUCUUAGCAGACUUAGAGACAAGCCCCCUUCUUCGAGACAGCGUGGACUGCCAGCGACUGCUGAUGGAGGGAAUGAAGUACCACCUUUUGCCCCAGCGUCGGCCCCUGCUGCAGAGCCCGCGCACACGGCCCCGCAAGGCCACCGUUGGGGCCAUGUUUGCCGUUGGCGGCAUGGAUGCCACAAAAGGUGCUACCAGUAUCGAGCAGUACUGUCUACGGCGGGACAAGUGGAGGCAGGUGGCAACCAUGAGCGGUCGGAGGCUUCAGUUCGGCGUAGCCGUCCUGGAUGGCCGCAUCUAUGUGGUAGGGGGCCGAGAUGGACUCAAGACCCUCAACACAGUGGAGUGUUACAACCCUCAGAGCAAGGCCUGGAGCGUCAUGCCCCCCAUGUCCACACACAGACAUGGCCUAGGUGUAGCCGUCCUUGAAGGGCCCAUGUACGCAGUAGGAGGACAUGACGGUUGGAGCUACCUCAGCACAGUAGAAAGGUGGGAUCCUCAAGCUCGCCAGUGGAGUUUUGUUGCCAGCAUGGCCACACCCAGAAGCACCGUAGGAGUGGCUGUACUCAAUGGCAAGUUGUAUGCAGUCGGAGGUCGUGAUGGCUCCUCCUGCCUGCGUUCAGUGGAGUGUUUUGACCCUCACACCAACAGGUGGGUCGCUUGUGCUCCCAUGGCAAAACGGCGUGGCGGUGUGGGCGUGGCUACGUGGCACGGCUUCCUGUAUGCCAUAGGUGGUCACGAUGCUCCUGCUUCAUCUCUAGCCUCGCGAUUAAGUGACUGUGUGGAGAGAUAUGACCCUCAGACCGAUGUGUGGACAGCAGUGGCUCCCAUGAGUAUCAGCAGAGAUGCAGUGGGUGUUUGUCUCCUCGGCGACCGUCUCUACGCUGUGGGUGGUUAUGAUGGACUUGUGUAUCUCAGCACAGUGGAGGCUUAUGACCCUCAGACUAAUGAGUGGACACAGGUGGCGCCACUGUGUCUGGGCCGGGCUGGAGCAUGUGUGGUGGUGGUCACCUGCAACCACUCCACACCUGCAACCACACCACCGAACCAAACUGCCAUGCAGCCAUCAUUGACUUCAGCAUGACAGACACUUUUCUUUCCUUCAGAUGGAAAUACACACAAAUACACACAGAUAGCUGCUAUCUCUACUGGUGGUAAGUAGAGGCUGUGAUUUGUAGCAUUGUCAUGUUAAUGUAUUCAUGGUUAUUUAAGUUGGCAAGAGCUUACCCACUGACAUAAAAAGACAGUUGACAUAAUCAGCACAACUUGAAGGAAUCACAAACCUCCUCCUCCUCCUCUUCUGCAUUGUGUACAGCUCACCUCUGUAUUGUCACCAAGUAUUGUGGCAAGGAUGUUUCCCCAGAAGGCACUUGCAGGUUCCACUCUAUUAUUAAUGACAGCAUAGCCCAUUUGCUGCUCCUUUUUGGCCAACGUGAGAUAAAACAAGGCUUCAUCCUAGAGUUCAUGUUGCCUUCAGGGUACAUUCCAUCCAGCACGCAUGCACACUGAACGCUAACACAGCUGGAGGCAGAAAAGAUAGACGACAAUGAGUAUUGGCGCCACACUGAAAGGAAAAAAGUACAAGUCUGGAGACCUGGCAUAUAUUAAUCAGGUCAUGUCAUUAAAUGUUUGUUAACUUCAUUCAUUCAUUUAUUUUCCGCUUUUUAUAGAGCCCUUAUUCUUAUAUCCCAUUCGAUCACAAAAUUCCAGCUUUUUUUGUUUCAACUCAUAUGAUAACUAAAAUUCCAACGUUUUUAUAUUAGUUUAUAUUAUGAUUUUAUUCUAAUAAAAAUUGCAACUUUUUUCUCUUUUCAAAUAAAAUUACAGCUUUUUUACUCGCCUUAUGGCUGCUUUAUUCUCAUAAAUGAUAUUAUGAUAUUAUGACUUUAUUUCAAUGAAAUAUUUUUUUCUCAUGAGAUUACAAUUGUAGUUCUAUUAAAUUAAUUAAUACAAUUUAUUUGUAUUAUGACUAUUUUCAUAAAAUUAUGACUUUUUUUCCCAAAUAUGACAGGUUUGUCAUAUUCAGUUGUUACAACUUUAUUUGAGUCAUGUCGCAUUUUUUUUUUUGCUACAUUCUGACUUUAUUCUCAUGAAAUGACAGCUUUUUCCAGCACUAAGAUAAAAACGUAUUUACUUUUUGUAAUGUGACUAUGAAUUGCAUUUUUUUUUCAUAAUAUUACGACUUGCGUCAAAUUACAACUUUUUGUGUGAAAUGUUAACAUUUGUAUUCUAUAAAUCUGUAAUAUUAAGUCUACUUCUCACAAAAUUACAAGUUUUCUGUAAUAUUACAACUACAUGUAAAGCAAAUAAUUGUUUUCCUGUAAAUUAUAAGUAUGAUAAUAUUAUUAUAAUAAUCUAAUAAUGAAUCAAUCAUAUUUUAAUAAUAAAACCACACACAUUGUUCUCACAGCCUUUUUCUGCAAUAGUGCUAUUUUACUCCAAUAAAGUUUUUUAUUGUAAUAUUAAGAUUUAAUUUUAAUUACAAAAUUCCACCAUUUUCUCAUAAUUAUUAUGUUUUCUCUUAAGAUGACAACUUUUUUAAAAAAUGCAUUUUUAUUCUCUUAACCGUACAACUUUGAGUUGUAUCACAAUUUUUUUCCUGCAACAUUCUGGCAUUAUUUUUAUGAAUUUACAGUUUUUUCACGUGCUAUUAUGAUUUUAUAAUCAAAUUACAACUUUCAUAUUCAUCUUUUUUUUCCUGUAAUAAGCAUAAAAUGCCAUCUUUUUUCUGUACUUUUGUGAUUUUACGUGAAAAAAAUGUUUUUCACGAUAUGACAGAUUUUAUUAUCAAGACAUUAAAACUUUUUGUCUAACAUGAAAGUUUUAUUCUUGUCAAUUUUCAACCUUGUUUCAACUCAAGUUUUUUGUGCUUAUUGUAACAGUUUUCUUCUAAAAUUACUUUUUGGUUUUCAGAACUUUCCUCUUGCAUGGGGUUUUUUUUCCCAAUGUGACCCCAAUACUCCAUGAAGACUUAUUUGUUAGCAUGACAAAAAAAAUCUCUUUAGCUUAAUGAUAAAGUGAGGCUAACAGAACAAGACCAUUUUUCUUAAAAAAAAAAAAAAAAACCUCUACAUUUAUGUUUAUUAUAUACAAACAUCUAUUUAAUAUUAUACACUUGAGUGUGUUAUUGUGAUUGUUUUUGCUACAGCUGCCCUUUCUCUUGUUUUAUACCAAAUAAAAACAUAAUAAAAUGCUGUGUACGGUAUAUAGAUAUAUGAAUUAUGCUUUUAUUUGUCUUUCUUACAAGAACAUACUGUUGGCAGGUUGCAGAUUUUAGUGUGAUUGUGUGUUAACAUCCUGGGUUCUUCUGAGCCUGAAGGUUAAACAGAGCUGUCAGAGUGAACAAUGAAUGUGCAUGCUCUUCAUUUAAACAGAUGGGAGGAAGGUAAAAAGCACAGUGCAAGGAAGAGAGAGAUGCCAGCCAGAAGCGGAAUGAUUCACUCCUGUGUUAUUUAUGGCUCGAGAAGCGUUAAAUCUCAUCCAACGCUGACAAACAUCUUCCAGCGGCACUGAGAGAUGAAGCUGGCGACCUUGUCAGGCAGCCGAGUCCUUAAUAACAGCUGACAGCCGCAAGGAGAAAACAGGAUGACACUCCCCUCAGUGACCAGCAGAGGCCACUGUGUGAUUCUAGGUGUCGUAAUAAACCUGUUUCUGUUGCCGGAAAGCGACAUCAAGAAUGGCUAUUUGGUGGAAACACGAAAUCUAUGUUUUUUUAGGUUGUGCAACGGCGUCAUUGAGGAUCUUCCCAAGCGGUCAUUACAGCUGCCAUGCCCCAAAAUGGCAGAAAUACGCACUUUUCAGUGGCUAUGUCUCUGUUAGAGACGAUUCGAUUCGAAUCUAGAUACACAAGUUACGAUAUGAUUCAAAAACAAUAUAUUUUAAAAACCCUAACGAGUCGAUACAAUACCAUGGAGUGUACAAAGGAUGCGAUUCAAUUCUACGGUUACUGUUUGUUGAUGCAGACAAUCUUACAUU